UCACCCUGCACCCUGACCUUCCAUCUCAUCACUUUGCAGGGUUGGUGGCAGGUGGAAAGUGGCCGGGAGCUCGCAUCCGCCAUGUCAUCGGCCAAAGUGUUCUCGAGCCAGACGACGCAGACGGACAGCCAGCCGCUGCUGAAGCCGGGCCGCCUGCGGGGCCGGGUGAUGAACAAAGAUGGGCGCAGCAACGUGCGGCUGGUGCACGUCAGCGGCUGGGGCUACCUCUACCUCAAGGACCUGUGGACCACCUUCGUCGACCUCAAGUGGCGCUACAAGCUGGCGCUCUUCUGCGCCAGCUUCGCCGGCACCUGGUUCGCCUUCGGCCUGGCCUGGUACCUGGUGGCCCUGCUACACGGGGACCUGGAGGGCACCCGCGUCCCCGCCAACCACACCCUGUGCGUGGCCAACAUGCAGAGCCUGACUGCCGCCUUCCUCUUCUCGCUGGAGUCGCAGACCACCAUCGGCUACGGCUACCGCUACAUCUCCGAGGAGUGCCCCGCCGCCAUCCUGCUGCUGGUGGCGCAGCUGAUCCUCACCACCCUGCUGGAGGUGUUUGUCACCGGCACCUUCCUGGCCAAGGUGGCGCGGCCCAAGAAGCGGGCGGAGGGGGUGCGCUUCAGCCGGCACGCGGUGGUCUCGUCCCGCGAGGGCUGCCUCUCGCUGCAGAUCCGCGUGGCCAAUGUGCGGCGCAGCCUGCUGCUGGGCUGCCAGGUGUCGGGCAAGCUGCUGCGGGCGGGGCUGGCGCGUGCCGGCGAGUCCGUGCACCUGCAGCAGGCCGACGUAGCCUUCCGGCUGGACGCGGGCACUGACAGCCCCUUCCUGGUGCUGCCCCUCACCUUCCACCAUGCCAUCGACGAGGCCAGCCCCCUGGCACCGGUGGCCCUUGGGCAGGGACGGGCAGGGGGCAGCGGCCGGGCCCAGGACGAGGGCUUCGAGCUGGUGGUGAUCCUCAGCGGGACGGUGGAGUCCACCAGCGCCCUGUGCCAGGCCCGCACCUCCUACCUGCCCGAGGAGAUCCUGUGGGGCUACGAGUUCUGCCCCGUGGUCUCCGUCUCGCCCAGCGGCAAGUACGUGGCCGACUUUGCCAGCUUCGACCGGGUGGCGCGGGUGCCCGGCGUGGAGUGGCAGUGGGGGGGAGCGGCCGAGAAGGUACGGCUGGAGGAGGAGCUCAAGAGGGGAGGCGAGAAGGAGGGGGGGUCCCGUAACGUGAAGAUCAGCAACGUCUGACGACGGGGGUGUCAGUGACUCACAGCCCCCACCACAGCCCAGCGACUCCCCUUCCUACAGAACACCGUCCUCCAACAGUGACUCCCCCCACCCACCCACAGAACACCGGCCUCCAUCUACAAAUCCCCCCACCCACCCACAGAACACCCUACCACAGUUCACCACGGGUGAAAACCCUCCCACAGGUCACCGACUCCCCGCACCCAGAGAACACCCACCCACAGCUCACUGACUCCCUCCAGAUGGCCCAAGGACUCCCCCCACCCACAGAUGGCCCAAGGACUCCCACCACCCACAGAACACCCCACCACCCACAGAACACCCCACCCACAGCUCACUGGCUCCCCUCCCACCUAGCCCACGGACUCCCGCCCCACCCACAGAACACCGUCCUCCAUCACUGACUCUCCCCACCCAUAGAACCGACUACCCCCACCCACAGAAUACGAUCCCCCAUCAGCGACUCCCCCCCACCUACCCAUGGAAAACCCUCCCACAGGUCACCAACUCCCCCCACCCAAAGAACACCCACCCACAGCUCGCUGACUCCCUCCACACAGCCCAAGGACUGCCACCCCACCCUCAGAACCGCCUCCCCAUCACCCACUGCCCACGGACACUGCCCCCGGUCACGGACUCUCCCCUCUCCUCCAAUGAGCUGAUGGGUGUGUAGUGAUACCAUCGUUCAGGGAGGAUGAGAAGACCCCUUUGGCUGUCUCACUUUGUUCUGAUGCCCCCACCCCCAGACUGUGGGGUGAUUGGUUCCCCGCCCCAGGGUCACAUAUCACGGGGACCCCUCCUCGCUGCCAUCUGCAACUCCAGACCCACAGCCUGAGUCUCUGCCUGUCAGGGGCCGGGAACACCUUCCCCCCACCAGCCUGCUGCCCCCUCCCUGACGCCCACCUCCCCCAUUCCGAUGAUCCAUGGGAGAUCAUGGAGGCGGAGGGGGUGAUUCCCACUCUCAGUGAGGGGGCUGGAGAUGAUCUCGGCUUGGGACGGGACAGGAGGGGGCAGCUCCGUCCACUCAGCCCCCAGUGGCUCUCUCUGUGGGGCAUCCCAUUCCCCACCCUUCACCGGGUUCAUUGACUCCCCCCACCCCCUCCCUCGACGGCCUCCACUUCCAACUCCUCUGCAGCCGGCACCAGGCCACUGCCCCUCACUGUGUGGAGCUCCCCCCCAACCAACCAAAACCGGCCCAGGACCUUCAAUGGGUGCCCCCCCACACCUGUCCCCUCCUGCCAAGACCAGCCUCUCCGUCUGCCCUCUCUGGACCCCUCAGCGGGGCUCAGAUCCCAGCCUGGCCUCCUUCCCUCCCAGGACACGACCUACCACCCAAAGGCCUCAGCACAGCUCCCCCCACCCCCGGUCCCACACUCAACCGUCGCCCGAUGGGGAACCAGAAACACCCUUUGUGAACCCGCAGACGUCACCGUCCUCCCAUUCUGCACCUCUCCAAACGCUGCGCAUUAAACCGCAGUCGCCCCUUCUUGGCCCCGCGUCCCCACUGUCCGCCGUUAUCCCCCCCCACCGGGGGCCGCACGGCCCCCCUCCAUAUAUACCCACCCUGUGCUCUCUGAAAUGGAAGGUGGGGGCAAUGACAUGGUGAAGGGAAGGGGUCUCUCCCCCAGCACUGACAGAAGGUGGCGGCGGGGGGGGGGGGGGGUCCAAGGGCGACUUUCUGAGGAAGGAGGAGGGGAUGCAGGGGGAGGUUUCUGUUGGUGGGGGGGGCAGCAGGAGGGGGAAUCUCCCCCCUCCCUGAGAGCUGUGAGAGUGUGGGACCCACCCCCACACGGAGGGGCUGAGGGCUGCAACCUCCCCAGAUGUGUUUACGGGGGGGGGGGGGGGGGGCGGGGGGUUGGAGGGAGAAGGGGAGGGAGGGGCAGGUGGAGAGACUUACACAGGGAAGGACGGGAGGAGGUGGAAGGAGUAGAGAGGCCAGCACCGACCAGUGGGCUGAAGGGCCUCUGUCACGUGACCAAUGUAAUCCUCUACUUACAAAGCGCGAGACUGUAUUCACUUUGCUAACAACUCCUCUGUCGGCAGCAGAGGUUGAUGCAGAAGAGCCCACAGCACCCUCUAGACUCCCCAGUUGCUGCUUCACUGACUGCCCCCCACCAAAUGACUAAACUGCAUUUGCCGCCUGCUCGCCCACCCUCUGCACUGGCACUGCAGCCUUGUGGCACAGGGUGGGGCUGCUCAGCAUCAGCACCUCUUCCUUCGCACCCCCCCCACCCCGCCCAACCACCCACCC